AUGGGAUCAAAUCAAGCACCCUUGUCUAAGAAAAGGUUCUAUCAAGUCAAAAUUAAAAGCCUAGAGGUUGCUAGUUUGCAAGAAUUGGGGCAAUUGAUGGAUCAGCUCCAACUUCAAGCUUUCCGCAAGACCUAUGGGAAGAUUUGGGAUCUAGCUAUGAUAGAAGUCUCUAUCGAAGCCAUUGCAUCCCUCACUCAAUAUUACGAUCAACCACUAAGGUGCUUCAUGUUUGGGGACUUUCAGCUAGUACUGACCAUGGAAGAGUUUGAAGAGAUCUUGGGAUGUCCACUAGGAGAAAGAAAGCCAUAUCUCUUUUCUGGGUUCUAUCCCUCCAUGGCGAGAAUAGCCAAGGUAGUCAAAAUCUCGGCGCAAGAGUUGGACCGAGUAAAACAAAACAAUAAUGGGAUAGUCAAAAUACCAAGGAAGCAUUUGGAGGAAAAGGCGAAGGCAUUGGCAGAUCAAGGUGAAUGGGAUUCAUUCAUUGAUGUCUUGGAACUAUUGGUAUUUGGGAUUGUCCUCUUUCCAAAUGUGGAUGGGCUAGUGGACCUAGUGGCGAUCGAUGCCUUCCUUGCAUAUCACCAUAGUAAGGAAAGUCUGGUCGUUGCUGUUUUGGUCGAUGCCUAUGACAUCUUUGACCGAAGAUGCAAAAAGAGUGGCGCAAGGAUUGUUUGUUGCACACCAGUUCUGUAUGUGUGGCUAGUCUCACACCUCUUUCAUCAUGAAAGUAGACCCGUCUGUCCCCUACAAGGUCACUGCUUGUAUGCCGAGAAGGGGAAGGAAAAUUGGGAGCGACUCUUGGCUAGUAUGAUAGGAGCAUUCAUUAAUUGGUUCCCCCGAUGGAAGGAAGGAAGAACCAGGUUUUUGUCCUCAUGUGAGGGAUUCUCAAACGUCCCCUUGAUGGGAACAAGGGGUUGUAUCAAUUAUAACCCCGUCCUUGCCAUAAGACAACUUGGCUACCCCAUGAGAGAAGCACUGUCAGAAGAAAGUAUCGUACCUUUCAUCGCGUGGGGUUUCAGUAACCCCAAUGCAAGGAUAUUACAAGGAGUCCACAAAGCAUGGAGCACGCUAAAGGUUUCAAGUGAGGAAGAGGCUGAAACCCCUGAGGAGAGUGAGGAGGUGAAAGCCUUAAAGGCGAAACUUGAAAGAGCAUAA